ACAGAGUGGAGGAUUGAUGAUAGUAGGGAGUGGUUGGGUGGGCAGGACCUGCAAGCAUAACUCUGCGAUGCCAACUGAGCAUGUAAACAGCUCCCCUCCAGCAUAAUGGGCUUACUUUCCUGGGAUGCAGCCAUGUUGCUAAUGUACUUCCAUGCUUCUCAGGGUCUCUCUGCCUCAUACCAGCCAAGGGCUUCAUCCUGAUGCUGCCUCCAGGGAUGCAGCCCUGCUCCGCUUUCAAGGAUGCUCUGGGAGGUGCAUCCUGUGCCCGUGGGCAGAGAGUGCCCUGAGCCUCCUGUUCCCAAUGCUCAUACAAGCUGUUCCCAGGAUGAAGGCCACCAGAGCGGGGGUACCGGAUGGUUCACUUGUACCUGGCCUUGUCCCUGCCCCAGCCACGCUCCACACUGGAGCACCAGCACACGGUGUGAUGCUGGGACCUCGCUGCUGUUGGGUUGCAGGCACUUGGGGUGGGCAGGGGAUGCAGCAUGGAAGUGCAGAUCCAUGCCUAGAGAGGGACACACACACACGGUCCAUGGAUAGGCAGGGCUCAGGCUGACCCAAAUACUGAAUGUGAAUAUUUGAUGGCACAGGCUGGGGGAAUGUUGGAGAUGCCUUGGCUCUAGGCAGUCAUUUGGGAUGCUGCUUCCAGGUGGUUUUCCCAAAGGGAAGAGAGGUGCGGAGUGGCUUGGUGCCCUUGCUGGAAGGCAUCCCCCGCCACCUUUCUUCUGACAGCCAGUGCCGAAGGGUGGGAUGCUGGAUGCAUCCAUCUCUGGGCAAAGCAUUACUCGCACGGAUGCAUCGUCCCCUGAGCCAAGCUCCCCCCUGCAGUGCUUUCCCCUCUGUGCCGCUCUUCUGUGCAGCGCUGACCUUGUUGUUAAUUAUUAAACCCCAGCAAACACUGCUCACGGCUUUGUCCCAGAUACACCGUGGGCUCCUCGCCCUUUCUUUUCUGUUGGUUUCUUUUAACCAAUUACCCUGGUAACCUCUGUGGGUGGAUGGAGAUGGGAGCAGCAGAUGCUCCUCUCCCAGCCAGUGCAGGAGAUGGCCUGGGGAGGCUCUGGAGCCACUGAGCUGCUGCGGAGUGUCUGAGAGAUGGGAUGCAUGUGGCUGUCCAUUAUCUAUCCUGUCUAGGAGUCCCUGCUUGUCGGCUUGGGGCUUGGGGCUUGCAUGUGACUGCUACUACCCAUGGGAGAGGACAUUUCACUGCCCAGGUUUAUUUACCUGUUGGGUGCAAGAGCUUUCUGUGGGCUCCUGUGGCUCCAGACCUGGUCUGUAGGUGAGCUGGGGUCCAAGCAAAGACCUAGGUCCAGGCCCAUACAUUUCGUGGAUGCUGCAGAGCAAUGCCUCUGGAAUCAGGAGGGCUGGGGACCUGCUCCCCUCCUUGCGGGCUGGGCACAUGGAAGCAGCUUGCAUGCAGAAGCCUUCUUAUGGCAGACCCUGUUCCUGAGCACCCAGUGCCUGCCUCCCCUCUGCCUGCAGCUGCCCACUGAGGGACAAUGCCAGGCCUGUACGUCCUGUCCUCCUGGGAGCCUCUGCCCCUGAAGAGCUCCAAGGUGAAGGCUUGUGCCAACGGGUACUCCCUGAGCAUCACUGCUCACCUCACGUACACCAACCCCCAUGAGGAGCCCGUGCAAGGCGUCUUCAUCUACCCCCUGGAGCAGUCAGAGGUGGUGGCCAGCUUUGAAGCGGCAGCGGGCAGCCGGCGGGUGACGUUCCAGGUCCAGAACCGGGACCGGGUGCAGGACUGCUGCCUCCAGUGCACCCCAAACCCCAGCCAGCCACGGCACUGUGCCAGCGGCCACCUCGUCCUGGACGAAGACGUGGAGCGCUCCACCUUCAUCAUCGUCACCGGCACGCUGUGCGCGUCGGAGAGCCUGUCCAUCACCCUGAGCACAGCGCAGGAGCUGGCCACGCUGCCGGAUGGGGCCCUGCGCCUCCUCCUGCCGCCCGUCCUCACACCCCGCGUCCCCCCCGACCCCGAGAGUGAGCCGGCAAGCUUGUGUGACGACAGGUUGGCCCUAUGUCCCACCAGCUGUUUUGGGGGACCGGGUGCCAGGAGCCAGCCCCCCGCCACGGUGCCUGUGGAGAGUGUGGACGUCUUUCGAGGCCGGACCUGCAACCCUUUUCCUUAUGAGUUUGCCUUCGAGCUGCUGGUGAAGGGCCCCUGUUUGCUGGCAGGGCUGGAGAGCCCGUCCCAUGCCCUGCGAGCCGACGCCGACCCCUGGGCCAGCUCUGCCACCACCACCUGCGUCACCCUGGCUGAGCCCCACCGCUACGACAGGGACAUGGAGAUCAUCCUCUACCCCUGCGAGCCCCAUCACCCCCACCUGGUGAUGGAGGACGGCACCAUGACAUACCCCGAGUACGAGGCCCUCAUCCGGAGCCGCCGGGAUUACAUGCGGAUUGCCAGGAAGGACAGCAGCGGCGAGAGACAGGUGGCUUUCGUGCAGAAGCGUUUCCACAAAGACAUCUUCCCCAACCCUGUGCUGAUGCUGAACUUCUGCCCGGUGGCGGAGGGUGUCCCCGGGAACCUGCAGAGCAUCACCCGCGAGGUCCUCUUCCUCGUCGACUGCAGCAGCACCAUGAGCAGCCCUGAUCUUGACAAAGUCAAGGAGGCUUUGCUGGUGGCCCUGAAGAGCCUCCCGUCGGGGACACUGCUCAACGUAGCCAGCUUUGGUGCCGAUGUGAACCCACUCUUCCCGUCCAGCCGCCUCUGCAGCAACGAGACACUGCAGCGCGCCUGCGAGCACCUUGGUCGGCUGCAGGCAGACGCAGGCAGCACCAACCUGCUGGCAGCCCUGCGCUGGGCGCUGGCGCAGCCCCUCCACCAUGGCUACCCCCGCCAGCUCUUCCUCUUCACCGACACGGCUGCAGGCAACACAGGCAGGAUCCUCCGGCUGGUGCGCAGGCAGGCCAGCACCGUCAGAUGCUUCAGCUUUGGCAUGGGCCCAAGGGUGUGCCGGAGGCUGCUGAAGGGCAUGGCCAAGGUGAGCCGGGGCCGUGCUGAGUUUCUGAGCCCAGCGGAGAGGUUGCAGCCCAAGCUGAUCAAGUCCCUGAAGAAGGCAAUUGAGCCGGCUGUCAGCGACAUCACCAUAGACUGGUACGUCCCUGACAGCAUGGAGGCUCUGCUCUCGCCCACGGAGUUCCCAGCCCUCUACCCUGGUGACCGCCUCAUCAGCUACUGUGUCCUCUACAGCAUCGCCCGCUUCCGCAGCAGGCGCCCACAGGGCCGGGAAGGGCCUUGCCGGGGCUCAGCCUUUCCCUCCCAGGAGGAUGUGCCCAGCGCCGGGGAGAGCUGCCAGCUGUCCCGGCACACUCCGGGAUCUGGGGACAUCUCCCUGGAGCUCCUCGCCGGCAGUACGGAGGCAUCGGAGCGGAGUGUGGAUCCUGCGUCAGGGGGAGAUAUCUGGCAGCGGAUUUACCAGCCGUCCUACAUCCAGGAGCAGUACGUCCUGACGCACUGCUCCGUCAGCACCGACCGCAGCCGGGGGCUCCUCUCUCACAGCUCCACCAGCAGCGAGUCCACCGGCUCCCGGGAUGUGGCCUCCGAGGUCCCGGGCACUGACGCCACCUCCCAGCAGGGCCAGAAGAGCCUGUCCCUCUGCGAGUCCUCCACCAAAUCUGCCCCACUGCCCUCUGCCCCGGCUGGCACCAAGGUGAUGAUGGCCCUGAGCACGGAGGAGCUGGCACGGCGGAAGAAGGCGCUGGCACGUGCUGCCCUGGCCAGCCGCAGCUUCUCCUCACCGCACGGGGAGCUGGACGCGCGCCGGCUCUACCGGGCCCUGGAGAAGGUGUCACAGAAGAGGAACCAGUCCCUGGAGGGGCAGCUGGAUGAGCUGGGACCCCAGGGACGGCAGCUGCAGCCCGGUGCAGUGGAGUCAAAUAACCUCCUCUCACCCACCCACCUGGACUGGGACAUGCUGGUGGAGCCCUCCUACCUCUUCAGUGCCUCACCGGUGCCCGAGCCGGGGGAGCCCAGCCUGGGCGAUGCCAGCCUGCCCCUGCGCUGCCAGGUGGUGAUCCAUGCGCUGCGAGCCGGCAAGCCGGUGUCCUGGGAAGUGACGGCCUCGCUGGAGUCAGUGAUGCAGCCCCGGCCCGAGGGGCCAGGCAGGGAGGACCGCCCGCAGCGGGGGGGCAAGGCCUGGGACAAGCCAGUGCACCGCUUGGCGGCACGCUCCGUCAUUCGGGACAACGAGAACGCGGCGCAGCGGGAAGCAGAGCUGCAGCAGGGUUUUGCCCGCCGGUUCCGCCUGAAAGCUGUGCAAACCAGCAAAGCCUGCAAUGUGCCUUCUCUCUACACCCGCCUGGUGCCCGUGGAUGGUGCCACACACGCAGCCCUGCCCGCAGCCCCCGAGGUGUGGGGCACAGCCGGUUCUACCAGGCACUCACGAGCCACUGCAGCAGGGAGCUGGCACCACAGGAGCUCUUCAGCGGGUCUGGGCCAGCGGCGGGAUGUGGAAGAGCUGGAUGAGGCUCCUGUCACUGCAGGGCGAGGAGAGACCCCUGCGUCUCCAGCCAGCAUCUCCUCCCCUACCUAUGGCGGGGAAAAGCAGAACUCCUUGAACGGGCCUCCAUCCAGCCCCUCCACCACCUCCAUGGGCUCCCAGAAAUCCACAGAGAGCAUCACUGGCUCUAGGUUCAGCCUGAGCAGGCGCAGGGGGCCCAGCCUGGCGCUGCGCCUGCAGGGCCUCAGCCCUGAGACCGAGCGCUCCAGCAACCACGACUACCUCCCGCUGAUCCAGCUGCAGCAAGCCAAGGGCCCAUUCCAGCUCACAGAAACCUUCUCCGACGUGGUGCAGAUCCCGCUGGAUCGCCUGCGCCGGGCCUCCCCCUAUGCCUCCCACCGUGCCAGCCUCAGCCCUGUGUCCCCAGGGGCCAGGAGCAGCCUCCAGGCAGGGCCUGGCAGCGAAGAAGGCGAGGAGCCCGCCACAGCCCUGCAGCCCAGCUCACCCCCAUCCCAGAGCACUUGCUCUGAGGUGCCCAGUGCAGCUGUGUGGGCACAGGCAGACAGCGGGCAUGGCUCUGAGUCUGACACCGGCCCCCACUCAGCUGCCCCCUCUGAGGCUGGCAUGAGCUGGCAGGACGUGGGGCCAGAGGACCUGGAGAGUGCCAGCUGGGCCACGGCAGUGGCCUUGGCAUGGCUGGAGCAUCGCUGCGCUGGCUUCUUCGAGGAGUGGGAGCUGGUGGCAGCCAAGGCGGAUGCGUGGCUGCAGGCACAGCGGCUGCCCGAGGGGGUGGACGUGGCCUGUCUCAAAGGGGCAGCCAGACACUUGUUCCUGCUGCUGCGUCACUGGGAUGAGAACAUCAAGCUGAACAUGCUGUGCUACAACCCCAACAACGUCUGACAGCUGCCAGAGGGGCCAAUAAAGGUGACCGGCUUCA